AUGCCUUUCGGGAAAAUCAGCGCUUCAGCUUUCCCAGCGACACAUCCUUCGGCGUGCUGUGUCGUGACAGUCGGGACUCCGACACUAGACCCAGCGGAGAUUUGCGCUGUUGGCUCUCUUCCGGAAAGCACGGAGCGGCUACUCUCGCCCUUCGCAGUGGAAGAGCUCUCCUUCUCGGAGCCUCGACUCUGGCUCGUGCACGACUUCUUGAGCCCCGUUGAGUGCGCAGCGCUUCGUCGGGAAGCUUUCCAGCUCGAGCCUGCAUUGGUUACCGAGGAGGAUGGGCGUGAGAACGAGCCGGACAUCAGAACGGCGGCGCUCGCCUGGCUUGAAAACAAUGGAACCGCACGGCGCGUCCACCAGCGUGCCGCAGUGCUUACCGGUCUUACGAUGGAGUCCGCCGAAAAACUCCAAGUAAUUAACUACGGCGCCGGCGGCCAUUACCUCGAGCACACGGAUCCCCUGGAAUCAGAAGAAGACGAGGGUGACCGGCUGGCCACAAUUCUGGUUUACCUAAGCGAAGUAAAAGAGGGCGGCUCCACCGCCUUUCCCAAGGCCAACCUCUCCAUCAGACCUCGUCGAGGGUCUGCGCUCUUCUGGUUUAACCUGAAGCAAGAACCGGCGGCGAGCUCGCGACAGAUAGACUACAGCACCACGCACGGCUCGUGCACCGUGCUGCGUGGGUCCAAGUGGAUUGCCACGCUCUGGAUACGCGAGUGGUCGCAGCCGGGGGACCUUGACUAUUCCCUUUCGUAG